AUGUCUGUCAACUAUGUGGGCAAUGAUUAUGAUUAUCCGAUAAACAAAAAUUAUACCUCGAGUUUGAUGUUUCCGUGGCUCAGAUGGACAUACGGUACGUUUGAGAUGAGAGCAGCCCUUCCAAUGGGACAGUCGAUUAAAAUCGGUACUUAUUUGGGUCCGGUUAGUGCCAGAGAGUGGGCUCUUAGUGGACAAAUUACAUUUAUGGAUUACAAUCAAAAGGAUCAAAUGAUUGUAUCUCAAGUUACUUAUGGAAAGCCUGUUAUUAAUAGUAUAAUACAUGUGAAUAUGUCGGAGUCAAAAGUCGACAGAUUUAAUGUCUAUAAACUUGUUUGGACUGAAACUGAACUCAAUUUCUUUGUCAAUGACAACCAAACCUUAAUGUUUCCAUUAAACCAGACAUUACAACAAAACAAUAACUACAAAAAACUUGGCGAACCGUUUGACAAACCUUUUUAUUUUGGUCUUUCAGUUCAAAUCAACGAAGGGGCCGGUGCUUACCAUAAGGAUAUAUAUAAACAGUGGAACUGUUCGGCACUUAUUGUAGAUUAUAUGAGAUGUUAUUCCUGA